AUGAUGACGCUCACGCAACGGUUACUGGUAGCCAUCGUCUUACUAUGGGCGGUUACAGUCGCCGUGCAGUCCCGGCCCGCCACCGACUCCGGGGAACCGGAAAUAGAAGAGUCCGCGGAAUUGUCACCCGAUCCCUCGGUCGUGAUGGUCCCGAUACGCCAGCUCACCGAUCCGACUUCAGCGUUCGCCCGUAUUUUAAACAAUCAGCUGCUUAAAAUGUCCGAACAAGAACUACAGACCAUAGAAACUAGACUGACUGAAACCAAAACAAUACCCGUCUUCAGCGCUGACACGGAAAUGAUGAUGGGGGACAUGCCGUCGGCAGACGAUUCACAGGACUCGUCUUCACCAACUACCUUGUUUGAACAAAGAGACAACCCCGAGUCUGAAGAUCCCGAGGCCCGGUAUGUUGAAUCAUCGACGCCAGACAGACGAGAAGCACUUGAAUAUAUUAAACGUCAGAUUAUGAUAAACUUAAGAGGGAUGAAACCAAUACCCCCGCCGAUCCCAGUGACAAAAACGGGUCCGAUUCCGUCUUAUCCCUCCGACACGUUUACAGAAAAAACGCAAAGCUUCUACCCUACUUGUGAGUUGCCUAAGCACACAAAUGAAGAUGUCUGGAACACAAAGGUAUCGAUGAAUUUAAUGUUUAAUAUUAGUUUACCCAAAUCGUCCAAGGGUAUCACAGUAAACGUAAAUACGGCUAGACUCAGGCUGUACAAACAAUUUUUAUCUUGUUAUUCGCAAUCGAGUAAUGAGACCGAUGAUUCUCAAUCAUGUCAGCCAGCAUUAUUUGUAGAAACUAAGAAGCCGUCAAAUUUGACUACUGCUGGUGUAGUACCAAUAAUAAUGGACGAGAGACUGAUUCGCGUAUCGAUUUACUUGAACACUAGAUCACUUAAGAGGAAAAGAACUGUAAAGAGGAAGUUAUUGGACAGCCGUAUGGUGCCAUAUUUCAGCGAGAAAUGGACAGAAUGGAACAUUCGUAAUGCAGCUAAAGCUUGGCACAAGAACCCAGUUCGGAAUUACGGAAUCAGUAUUGAAGUUGAAGACGAAGAUGGCAACUUGCUUCCAGUCGCCAAAUUUUUUAGACCCAUGAAUUGUUCGGGAGACGCACAAAUGAUGACCCCAAAGCCGGUGCCCGGGUUUCUGAUGGAGGCGGUGCACAACAGUUACGGCGUACCGGUCCGCAACUCGACCACCAAGGCCAACAACAGUAACACAAACGCGGACGACGAGCUCGCGCUCAGCCUGAACAUGCACAGGUAUCCGAUAAUGGACGUUACCACGAUCGAGGUACCAGAAUCGGAGGCGAACAACGCCAUGAUUUACCUGUACGCAAGGAACACGCUCGAACAGGUGGAUGGCAGAGAUGCUGGUUCGUCGUUCAACUUGUCGCAGGGGCAGGAAUACAUGGUCACCGAGCUUCAGCACCGGAUCCGGCACGGUAGCCAGCACUGGAACAACGGCACCAUACCCGGAAGUCUGUCCAAUGACGGACACGAGCUCCGAGACCAAAUCAUUCCGCAACGCAUAAUCCAGUGGAACGUGCAGCACAAGUCGACGACCACCGAGACCCCGGACUAA